AUGGAUUUCCAAAACGUGAAUUCCUUAAACGUUUGGUUGAAUUUGCUCGCGGGCAAUCUGUUACCGAUGGUCGACCAUGACAUACCUAUUUCGUUCUUUUGGAGGAUGUACAGUGUCUUUGUAUGGAUAUUAGAAAUAGUUGUAACGAUCAUGAUGAUACCCGGAUGCAUGUACGUGUCAAUGGAGAAGGCUAUAAAUGACAGCCUCAUCUGCUUUGUAGAAACAAUAGAAAUGUUUUUUAUGAUUUGGCGAAUUUACGCUCGUAAAGAUCUGAUGCAUCUAUUAAUCCAAAAACUGAAUGGGAUGCUGCAUACUGCUGAUGAAACUAUGAAGAACAUCGUGACAGAGAUUCUAAACCCGAUAAAGGGUCCACUUUAUUUCUACUGGACCACUGGCACGAUGUCGAUAAUAGUGUGGCACCUUGUAACGUUUCUAGUAAUAUUCGAAAAGAAUCUAUUUUAUUAUGAAGAUUACAGAGUACCUGCUGGUUUUUCUAAACAGCCAUUCUCGCUUAAAGUCUUUCUAUUAGGAGGCCUGUUUAUACUGCUCGGCAUGGUAUAUUCGUUCAUAAAAAAAGUUAGUGCGGAAGUAUACACAGUGCAUUUGAUUUUAAUGAUAACUGCGCAGUAUCGAUACAUUGCGGAAAAAAUUGCAAUAGUAUUUCAAGAAGAAAAUGAAGGUGAUGAAUGUCAAAAAAGACAUUUCUCUACAUCUUAUCGAAAAAAAGAAACAGAAAUUAAAGCGCUCUGUCGACAUCACAAUGAGUUGAUAUAG